AAUCUGAAAGCGGAAGUAGUUAUGUGGACACGGAACAAUAAACGCUGCUAAUCUCUGUCUUUGUGUUAUGAGACGGGUUUUCCCACUUCCAGUCGCGUAAUUAUACAGGGCUCACCGAGGUGUAGACAUGGAAGUGCCUUGCUACAUGCCCAAACUGCUGUUUGAGCUCAAUGAGCAGCGUAAGCGGGACUUCUUCUGUGACUGCAGCAUCCUCGUCGAAGGCCGUGUCUUCAAGGCCCAUCGUAAUGUCUUGUUUGCUGGGAGCGGCUAUUUCCGGGCUCUUCUUGUUCACUAUCUGCAGGAUAGUGGACAGCGCUACAGCACAGCAUCGUUGGACAUUGUGACAGCCGAUGCCUUCUCGAUUAUCCUGGACUUCCUUUACUCUGGCCGCUUGGCCCUGAACAGAAGCAAUGUCAUUGAGGUGAUGUCAGCAGGCAGCUACCUGCAGAUGACUGAUCUGGUAAACUUCUGUAAGGGAUACAUCCGCUCAUCUUUGGAAAUAUGCAACAAAGACAAGGAGAGGAACACAGAGAAGGAGAACCAGGCACAGGAUGGAGCGAUGGGUCCUGCAGACAGCGGCACUCCGGCUGCAACAAUCUCCAGUGGCACAGGGGCUGCGGAGCCUCAUUCGCAAGCUGCAGAGGCAGACAGAGGGUCGGGUUUAGGCCCGGAGUCUGUUACCUCGGCUAGAACCCCCUUGUCCAUACCUGUCACCACAACUCCAGGCACCGGCAGGGACAUGGAAAACGACUACCAUUCCAGGGGGGAAUUUACAACUGGUAAUGAAGGACAAAAGGGACACAUGGAUCAGACUAACCUCUCAUCCUCUUCAUCAUCUGCUUUGACCCCGGAGUUAGUGAACCCCAAGAUAGAGUACGACCCCGAUGAGGAGCUCAUGGAAUCCCCUGACACCAAAGACCUAGCCUCAUUUCCUGGGCCAUCUCUCCAUAACCCUCAUCAUAGCAGACUACUUCCUCCCUCUCCCUCCAAUGAGCGCUCUCCCUUGGGAUACAGCCCAUCCUUUAAUGCAAGGCACCUGAUGGAGAUGCUGGCCAGAGGUGAAGGCCCCAGUCCUCUGGGGGAAAGAGUGGGGCAGCGCUUUAACCAAGGACUAGGUAGCAGCACGGGAGGAGGCCGAAUGGAUGAAGGAUUAGGGUUUGUGGGAUCGUCUAUCAUGGAGAUCCAGUCUGACUGGCUCGGAGAAGACACAGGUGAUGGUUUGGUAGUGCCAGUGAAACUCCACAAGUGCCCGUUCUGCCCGUACACUGCCAAGCAGAAGGGAAUCAUGAAGAGACACAUCCGCUGCCAUACAGGAGAGAGGCCGUUCCCCUGUCCUAUGUGCGGCAAGAGGUUCACAAGACAGGAGCACCUUCGCAGUCAUGCCCUCAGUGUCCAUAGGCAUUACUGGCCAGUGUCAUGUAAAAGCUGCAGGCGAACCUUCACUGGAUCCAGCGUUUCGCCAGGACUAAGACGCUUCGGCAUCUGUGACAGCUGCAACUGCGUGACCACCACCCAUGACGACUCCGCCUCCGUUCACCCCGCCAGCCAACCAGAGCCCAUGGAACGUGCAGACGGGGCCACAGAUUGGUCCAGUUUUAUGGACGAUGUCGAUGAAGUGGAAGUCGGCAGAGUUGAGGACUUGGUAGAGAAACAGAUGCUUGAAAGGCAGCUGGCUGUCUGCACUGAUGUAGGUCACACACUGUGAAUCUGUGGCCUGCUGCACUUAGAGAAGAAGACCAUUCCUUAAACUGUUAAACUAGUGUUAAGUUAACUGUGGCCAUACUGUUAGUGAUGUUAAAUUAUUACUGUAAGAUGGCCUUAUUUAUUGACUUGUUUGUAACCACAACAUGUGCCCUUUUAACUGUUGAAGAUAUUGUCCUCCAGUGAUUUGCCUGGCAGCAAAUACUCAGUGUUUUAUCUCUUUAUUUGUAAUCAUAAAUGUGGUUUUUAAUAUUUCUUUAUUUCUUUGCGCAGUUGCUAAAAUCCACGUGUCUCUGUAUGUGCUGCACAAAAAGAGAACGUGGCUGUCAAGCUUACAUAAGAUAGGAAAAAAAGCUUGUUUUAUUUAAUAAGAUGGCAGUUUGAAGAUAAAGGAAGUUUUGCGAUCAUACCGGAGCCAUUGUAGGUAUUGUUACAAUAAAUGUAUUGUGUAAUUGUGCACAUAUUUCCUUUGAUCACACUUUAUGCAUUUAUGUGCUUUUCUACGUGUAGAUACUUUCUUAGCUUGUGAUAUUUGUACAUUUCCCUGCUGCUUGUCAUGGAUUCACAUCAACCUGCAGUAUUGAUACAGAAAGUGCCGUUUGGCGCCCUCUAGUGGUUUAAAUCCAGAAAAUCUGUGCGAGACGUCACUAAAAUCACAGACUUUUUGCAUUGAGGAAGCAACUGACUUCAUUACAAUGUAUAAAGACAUAAUUUAAAAUG